AGGAGAGAAGGCAGACGUGCUCUUUUUUUUUUUUUCUUUUCCUCCCUUGCCAAGCAGGAAAGAGAGAUAUUGAGAGGGACUGCAGUGCGAAAUCUGCAGCACAGUGAGAGCGGAAGCUGCUUAUGAAUGAGUGUCAGUCUUUCGGCUUUGCUAGAUGCUCCUGAGGACAUUUUAUAUGAAUGUGUGCUUUCAGCUACCGGGGAGACAAUGAUGAGCUGCAUUGCUGCUGGUUUUAAGGAGAUUCUUGAGCUCUUUAGGUUAUCCUUUUGGUUUCUUCAAUGACUUAUCUGCCUGAGAAACAUGUUGUUCCCCGUGUGUGUGUAUGUGUUUACGUGCAUCAUUCAUGUAUUUCAGCCAGGACUAGUUGCUGGGCAUUCUUGUAAAUCUGUUUCUGCUCUUUAGACGUUAGACAAAUUUAUUUUUUCUCGCGUUCUGUUGUAGAUUUCUUAAAGAACAUUUGGGUACAACUUGUCUCCAAAUGAUUUAUUCUUAAAAAAAAACAGAGAAAUUGCUUUAUAAUUUAAAAAAAAGAAGAUAUACCUGAUUAUAAAUAUUUCCUUAAACGGGAAGUGCAGUAAGAGAUAGAUUUUGGAAAACACAAAUCUGUGAUCCAGGAGUAUCGUGCUACUAUGAUUAAAUAACAUGAGCUUUAUUUUAAGACGUGUAUUCGGUCAUCCCAGCAUCGUGUUGCGUUGUUACUGCAUAUGGCGACAUAGUUAAUUCUUAUGACGAUACAUUUAGAGAUGAUAUUCUUAAAAGAAAUUGAUGUUUUCUUUUUUUUCAGGGAGGUUUCAGCAGCUUGUCUGAUUGUGUGGUUGUCAUUUUAAAUGGUUUUCACUAGUGAUUGUUUUUCAUGUAUUGUCACCUCUGUGAUUAGUCUCUGAUGUGACAUCCUUAUGCCAUAAUUCUUAACAGAUCACCAAUUUUGCAGCAUAAAAUACAAAAAAGAAGAAAAAAAAAACGGGUUAGGGUUCAAGCACAUUGUGAGGUCGUGUAGAAAAGCAAACAAACGGUAAACGGAUAUGAAAAAUAAAUAAGAGACACAGGAAUUUAAGGAUUGAUUGGCUCUAGUGUUCUGUAAGUGGGAGUUUUUUUUCCUCUCUCUCCAACAGGAAGUGAUUUGCAGUGUUCAGCAAGCCUUUUGUUGAGAAGGUUUUCUCAGUGAGUCAUGCUUCAGCUCUGAGCCGUCAGCCAGGCAGCAGUCAGCAGAGAGUAUUCGCUCUCCCUUCUCAUUGUCUGUGAUCAUCACCAGCGUAAAUAAUUUUCUGUUGUUUUACUUUUUGGAUUUUGAUGCUUGAAAUCAGAGGCGGCGGCAACAUCAUCAUCGCCGCUGGAGAAGCUGCACCACAACACUGGCAGCCUUUUAUCCGCUGCUUCAAUGUUGGAUUUCCAAUGAUUUGUGUCUGCAUAUUUUUCUGUGACUGAUCGGACUGCAGCGUUGGAUUUUAACUGAGUGCAGAUUGGACUUUGGUGACAGCAGCAGCACCAGCUCAACACAACCACCACUCAAUAGAGAAAAUUGCAGUCAGGUGGCCCAGUGAUUGCUGAGAGGCGUUUACUGCCUGUGCUGUACCGCCGCUGCUAUGUUACUGGAGAGGGUAAUCAGCACAGCUCAGCCACGUCUGCCAGCGCGCUUCUGAACGAGGCAGGCUGCGCGUGUUGGUUGGUGGAGAGAGGGGGAAAGAGCAAGAGAGACAAGGGUAUGCUUCACCGUACCAAGUACAACCGCUUUAGGAAUGAGUCAGUGACAUCCGUAGAUGAGCUUCUCCACGGCCUGUCCAUGAACCCCAAGGUCUCGGCCGCCCCCCAGUCUGCAGACGAGACAGCUUACGCACCCCCGACCGAGGUUCAGCCCUCCACCGCCGUUCCCUCCAGAAUCCCUGCCACCCAUGGCUCUGACCACCUGGAAGAUGGAGGCACCACCCUCUGCACGCUCAUCAACAAGGUGUCCAGCCUGAAAUUCAGCAACUCGGGAAGCCUGCUGGGAAUCAAGGGUCUGCCCUCGGCCGUCAAAGACCUGGCUGUGUCCAAGCUGCAGGGGGGGGGGGGAUCAGCCUCAGCCAGCUCCAGCGGCACGAGCCCCAGCGUGGCGACAACAGCAGCAGCAGCAGCAGCAGCAGCCUCCGGUGUGAGAGGCUCUCUGUGCAGCUUGGUCUCCCAUUCAACCCCCUGCUCGCAGCUAGAACCGGCUGUCAGCAUGAGCAAAAAGUGCAGGCUGGACGAACUCCUGCCAAGUGGGGAGGACUGGAAUCCAGGUGGAGGUGGUGGACUGGUGAGCAAGCCUUCCAGGGGAUGGCUACACUCAAACGACAAGAUUUCUGGUCCAGGAAUCACGUACGACGUGAAGUAUCUGGGCUGCCUGGAAGUUCUGCAGUCGAUGAGAUCCCUGGAUUUCACGACAAGGUCACAAAUAACAAGGGAAGCCAUCAGCCUGGUGUGUGAAGCUGUUCCUGGGACCAAAGGAGCCCUGCGGAAGAGAAAGCCGCCAUCCAAAGCUCUGUCCAACAUUUUGGGGAAGAGCAAUCUCCAGUUUUCCGGUAUGUCCAUCAACUUAAAUAUCUCCACAAGUAGCCUCAACCUGAUGACCCCAGACUGCAAACAGAUCAUAGCCAACCAUCACAUGCAGUCCAUCUCUUUUGCAUCAGGUGGAGACCCUGACACAACUGACUAUGUUGCCUAUGUAGCAAAGGACCCUGUUAACAGAAGAGCGUGUCAUAUCCUUGAGUGCUCUGACGGACUGGCCCAGGACGUCAUCAGUACCAUCGGCCAGGCUUUUGACCUUCGUUUCCAGCAGUACCUUAAGUGUCCCUCAACCAAGCUGUCCUCUACACAUGACAGGGUAUUAAACAUGGAGGAGUUGUCGUGGACGGAGGAAGAAGACGAGUCAGCUGAACAUCCGUACUACAACAACAUCCCUGGCAAAAUGCCCCCCCCUGGAGGCUUUAUCGACUCCCGACUGACCAAUCACAAUGCAACAGCAGAUGGAUGCCAGUUGGGUUCGAGUUCAGUGGAUCAGAUGUAUUACCAGGAGCGACAUUGUGAAAACUGGGCAGAUGAAUCAAGGCCUGUCUUUCUGCAGCAGGGAUCAUUUGAAAAAAGCAGCCACCCCGAGAGUAAAAGUCAGCCACCAAAGACAGGAGACAUGUCUAUGUAUGUGAACACCCAGCAGAUUGACGCCCAGGUGCUGGCGGCGCUUCAGGCAGAAUCAGAACAUGUGACGAAGGGCAUGGCAGCUGCAGCCAAAGAGAGCCCACAGAAGGACCUGUUUGACAUGAAGCCCUUUGAGGAUGCCAUCCAGUCCCAGUCCCAACCUCCAUCCCAGGGACAAUUCCAGACCCAGGUGUCAAAUCUCCAAAAGGCAGCGUCCAUGGACAACUCAAGUCCUCUGCUCGUGCGAUCAUUGGCCUUCCGCGCACAGGAGGAAUUGGAGGGCCAGUCAUGGUACCAUGGCGAAAUGAGCCGCAGAGAUGCUGAAAAACUACUGAAAAACGAUGGGGACUUUCUAGUUCGUAAGAGCACCACCAAUCCAGGGUCUUACGUCCUGACAGGCGUGCACAAUGGACUUGCCAAACACCUACUGCUGGUGGAUCCUGAGGGCACGGUACGGACAAAAGAUCAUAUAUUUGACAGCAUUAGCCAUCUUAUUGGCCAUCACCGUGACAACAAUCUGCCAAUCGUGUCAGCGGGGAGUGAACUGUGUCUCCUCCAGCCCGUGGAAAGGAAACAAUAACGCUUCCAGAACCCGGUGGGAAACGGGAAGCUUUGGGCCGUCUCCCAUCCCGGAGCUGGAAGAUGAAAUGCCAGGAGAUACCCAGAAGUUCGAAGUGCUCGACGCCGACCCGCUUUAGUGGAAUCACUGGAUGACGCAAGAUUUGUUUGACGUUGAAAAAAGAAUUUGUACAACUGUUAUUUUGUUGUGAUGACUGAAAUGCUAUAUUUUUGAGAAGAAAUAGGUGCAUUUGGACAUAAUCUUGAUUUGGUGUUUUAAAAGAUAAAAAAAACAGUUGUAGUUUAGAUGAAAAGCAAAUUAAACCUCAAAGAGGCGAUAACGAGAAUAUUUUAGAAUAAAAAUCUAAAAUUUUAGUUUUGUCUGUCAAGCACAACCGUAUUUGUACUGGAACUGUUGGUAAAAAAAAGAGGUUUGGAAAACAGGAAGGCGGUUUUUAAUAAAUUACAUUUUGAAAAAUGUCCUUUAAACUAAUCAUUAGUGUGACGGUUUACUCUGCCGCCGCACGAAACCUGCUUUUAUUGGAGAUUAGAGCCGAACAUGUUUUGCUUUGCAGUUGUCACCGUGGCAGGUUAUAGACACCCUUCAUAGUUUGUCAAUGGCUUUAAAGAUCAACUUUUUUCUCAAGUACUUUCUUGUGUCACUGCAGUCGCAUGACUUAAAAAUCAACUGUUCUUGUGGCCAUAUUCGUAGACUUUGAAACCCCUUCAUUUGAAAGAGGUGCUUGUGUAUGCCGACACUGUAAAAUAUUUGCUUUUCAACUAGUGAUUAUUUCUGAAUUGGUUUCCUCUGAAUUCUUUUAGGUGUGUAGUUGGUGAUUAGUUUUGGUGCUUGAGUCAUUCGGUGGAUAUUCUCACAUCCUUGUUCAUUUUCAGCUUUUUAGUGAACUUUAAAUAAAAGGUUUGAUAUUUUUUUCAAACCAUCACAAACGAAUAGCACAAUCAGAAAGUUAGAUCAUCUGUGUACCGAGAUGAAUUACAGAUGUGUUGAGAUGUUAUUAGACAGAUGUUGCAUUUACACUGUGUGCACUCGAUUACAGAUUUUAGAGACAUCUUAGUUCUGUUGAUAUCUUAUGGCAUGUCUACAUGUCAUCUUAGCACUACUUUUAUUUUAUUUUUUACUAGCUCCCGUCAGUUACAAUAACUUAUUUUUACAUGACAAACCAAUUUUCGGCC